CAUCCCUUCUUUUAGUAUCAAUUAUAUAUCUAGCUACCUCUUAAAUUAUCUCUUUGUUAGUUUUUAUUUUAUUUUAUUUUUUUUAAAUGGAAAUACAAGAGUGGCUUGUGCUUUGGUUAUUAGGUUUUGCAGUAUUAGUACUAGGAUUUGGUGGUGCAGCUCCUACCACGGACGCCGACUACAAAGCACACGUGCAUACCCAAUGCGGUUAUACAAGGUUUCCUAGGCCGUGUGUUGAGACAUUGUCAGGAUUAGGAUUAGGAUUAGGGUCAAGUAAUCAACAUGUUGAUUUUAUGAUUGCUCUAGCAAACAAGACUAUUUCAGAAGCCCAACGAGCACCUACUCCAACAGGUUAUUGUCCUGAACUCAUGAGCAUGUCUAUGAAGAGGCUAAGGCAGGCGCAAUUAGCUUUGAGAGAAUCCCCGACGAAAAACAAGCAUGACAUCCAGACAUGGUUAAGUGCUGCUUUGACUUUUCAAGAAACUUGUAAAGAGACAACUGAUGCUCAUGCUGGUCGCUCUACCGACCUCAUUAUGGACCAUCUCUCUCAAUUGAGCAGUAACCUGUUAGCCCUCGUCAACCGCAUUACAAGUAGCAGUGGAGGCGGAGGAGGUCGCCGCUUAGUUGAUUAUGAUCAGAUUAAUGAGGAACGAGUUGAACUGUUUCCGAGGUGGGUAUCGGGCAGAAAUCGGAGGCUACUUCAGAGUAACAGCAUACAAGCAGACGCCAUUGUUGCGAAAGAUGGAUCAGGAAACUAUGGAACGAUAUCGGAAGCAAUACAGGCUGCGUCUGGGAAUCGUUUUGUGAUAUAUGUGAAGGCAGGAGUGUAUAAGGAGAAAAUUCACAGUAACAAAGAUGGAAUCACGUUGAUUGGAGAUGGCAAAUAUUCCACUAUCAUUGUUGGUGCUGAUAGUCAUGCCGGUGGCUCUAGCUUGUCUGGCUCCGCUACGUUUACAAUAACAGGUGACGGAUUCAUUGCCCGGGACAUAGGGUUCCAGAACAAUGCUGGUCCUCAAGCACAGCAAGCCGUGGCGCUGAGCAUUGCUUCCGAUCAUUCUGUCCUCUACCGUUGUAGCAUUGCAGGUUACCAGGAUACCUUGUACGCUCUCGCCCUCCGCCAAUUCUACCGCGAAUGUGACAUCUACGGCACCAUCGAUUUCAUCUUCGGCAACGCUGCCGCCGUCUUCCAGAGCUGCCAACUGGUGCUCCGCCGACCGGGUCACGGUUCCUACAACGUAAUUCUGGCCAAUGGGAGGUCCGACCCAGGACAGAGCACAGGCUUUUCCAUUCAAAAUUGUAGGAUCACCGUGGGCUCGGACUUUUCUCCUGUGAAAAAUUCAUUCAAUUCGUAUCUUGGGAGGCCAUGGAAGGAGUAUUCAAGAGCAGUUGUAAUGCAAACAACAAUUGAUGACGCGAUUACACCAAGAGGGUGGGUGGAGUGGCCCGGGACAGGGAGUUCCGCUCUGCGUACGCUUUAUUUUGGAGAGUAUGCGAAUGUUGGACCUGGGGCUGGGACUUCUGCCAGGGUAAAUUGGCCUGGAUUUCAUCUUCUUGCCAGGACAGAGGCCGUGCAAUUCACUGUCGGAAGUUUUAUUGCCGGAACUUCCUGGCUGCCUUCUACCGGAGUGACUUUUGUCUCCGGCCUCUAGUCAAUGAAUUUGAUCACCAAACCAAAUUAUUGGUUGUAGUUGUGGUUAAUUCUUAUCUGUUAAAAUACUAGUGAUUAAUGUUGAUAUUGCUUUCCUAGGGUAAGGUAUCAUGAAAAACCUUUCAUGAAAAUAAUUAUGAAUGUUUUGUAAUCCUUGCAUUACACUUAGAAUAAACUACCACACACAAAUUAAGGUAAUUCAAGAGUUAUAAAUUUUUCAUGAUCAUUUUCAUGAAAAAAAUUUCAUAAUCCCUAACUUUUCUCUUAUAUGAAUGUAUGCGUUCAUUUCA